AUGAUUAUGCCUGUACCCGUGCCCGGCCCGAGCCACAAAAUCGAGAUCGACCUCGACAGCGUCAUCGAGCGCCUCCUUGAGGGACGCGGUAACCGUCCCGGAAAGACGGUGAAGCUGCAGGAGUACGAGAUUCUGUACCUAUGCCAGCGGUCGAGGGAGGUCUUCAUGAGCCAGCCCAUGUUGUUAGAGCUCGAGGCACCAAUACGGGUCUGUGGCGACAUACACGGCCAAUACCCUGACCUGCUUCGCCUCUUCGAGUAUGGCGGCUUCCCACCGGAGUCAAACUAUCUCUUCCUGGGAGACUAUGUAGACCGCGGGCGACAGUCGCUCGAGACGAUCUGUCUCCUGCUCGCGUAUAAAAUCCGGUACCCCGAAAACUUCUUCCUCCUGCGCGGGAACCACGAGAGCGCGGCCGUGAACCGGAUAUACGGCUUCUAUGACGAAUGUAAACGACGGUACAGCGUGAAAUUAUGGAAGGCCUUUGGCGACACGUUUAACUGCCUGCCUGUCGCCGCGCUUAUCGGCGACCGAAUACUGGCGAUGCAUGGCGGGAUCAGCCCCGACCUGCAUUCGCUCGACCAGAUAAGAAUGCUCUCAAGGCCAACAGAGGUUCCGGAGAGCGGCCUCCUUGCCGACCUGCUCUGGUCGGACCCAACGCCGGGCCUGUCAGGUUGGGAAGAAAACGACCGUGGUGCGGGCUUCGCGUUUGGCGCGGACGCCGUCACUGCAUUCACUAAGCGACACGACCUCGAUUUGGUUUGCCGCGCGCAUCAGGUUGUCGAGGACGGCUUCGAGUUCUUCGCCGCGCGCCGGCUCGUGACGCUGUUCUCCGCACCGAACUACUGCGGCGAGUUCGACAACGCUGGAGCAAUGAUGAGUGUCGACGAAGAUAUGGUGUGCUCUUUCAAGAUAUUGAAGCCCAUGAUUCAGGGCAAGGAAAAUAUAAACAUCUCUGAGGCGCCGACGAGGAAAAUAUUCUCAUGGAAAGCAGCAAAUUUGGCUUGA